CCAGUGGCGUUUCGAGCCUGUAUGCCUGAAUUAUCAUAUGAGCUCGUCUGAGGCGCCAUUUGGGGCUUGCGUGUGAAGUGUCAUUUCUGGUCAUUUCCCGUUCUGGGAAGACAACUGCAUAAAGCUCAGUAGUCAGGUCAGGGCGCUUGGUUCUUCAGAUGGCGACUGCGAGUGCUCGAGCCACCAUGGCGAUCCUCCUCCUCCUCGCCGCGCUCACCGCAUCCCACAUUGCGUCCUCUCUCGCCGACUGCCAGUACAGCGGCUACCUCCCGGGAAGGUCCGGCGCCUGCGACCAAACCAACAGCCCGGACUGCUGCGUGGACGGCCAGCAGUACCAGCGCUUCCUCUGCUCGCCGCCGGUAACCGCCCCCGCUACGUGGGCCGCCCUCACCGUCAACAGCUUCAGGGAGGGCGGGGACGGCGGGUUCCCGUCGGAGUGCGACAUGGCGUACCACGACGACUCGGAGAUGGUCGUCGCGCUCUCCACCGGCUGGUACAGCGGCAUGUCCCGCUGCGGCCGGAGCAUCAGGAUCACGGCCAAAGGCGGCGCCGUCGUGUACGCCACGGUGGUGGACGAGUGCGACUCCGUGAACGGCUGCGACGCCGAGCACAACUUCGAGCAGCCGUGUGGCAAUAACGUGGUCGACGCCUCGCCGGCGGUGUGGGUCGCCCUGGGUCUCGACCAGGAUGUUGGUCUAGAGGCCGUUACCUGGUCUGACGCGUAAACAGCUUGACAAUACAUGAUGAAUGUUUAACAACUUGGUGUAUACAGAUUCUUUCAUUCCUUCUGAGAUUGAAUACAAUAAUGCCAGUAUGUUGACCAAGGGUUUCUGCUUCUAAAUAAAU